AAACAAAUUGGCGUUAUCGUUGACAGAGUCACGUAUAUGGGCGCUUGCGAACUCAUGCAAGAUCCUAGUUCUGUCUCGCUGAGAGAUGUAUUGGUUAGGGACGACAUCAAUGACCUCUCCACCGGAGAGCGGGAUUGUAUCACCGGCGCCAUCCUUGAAAGGCAGAUACAGAGCCUGGAUGGCAGUAGGUGGAAGGAUAACAUAACGAACGUGAUCAUGGUGCUUAUUACGCAUGCAUUGUUUGUGUAUGGUGCACAAAGGCCUAUUAGAAGGGCUGGGGUACUGCUCCAAUGUCUGGAACACAUUUACUACAGCAGUGAGAUCGGGAUGUCUGAUAGCACCCUACGUCCUGAUCAGAUGGGUAAUGAGAUCACUGAUUUACUCUAUGUGGAGAACAUUGGCUUGGACUCUGGAUUAAGGCGCUUCUGCUCACAAUACGAGGCAGCUACACAUCUUUGGCUGGCUUUGCAUGUGCAUCGCCGACAAGACUCGCGCCAAUCGGAGCUAGUCGUUCGACAUUGCGAGAACGCAUGUCGUAUCUUGAAAUCCUUCUUGAUCUCACAACCGAUGGCGGAAACCAGUCCUAAGGGUAAAAAGUCAUCGAGACAAGCACCUCCUACCAGGAUCGCGCGACCUAGGACAACAGCAGUGCGAACGACGUCAGCAUCGGCAAAAGCAAAGACUACAAAGGUCGCCGCGAAAAGGUCAACGGCUGCUGCGAGACUGCCCAGAGAAUCCAUGAAUCGAACAAAGUCUGACCGCAAGACGGGCCAGGAAACGAUCGCUUUUGAUACUUUUGAGAGGAUUGUCAAUCUGAUCUUUCUAAAUGUACAGCUUGUUGGAUUGUUGGGACAUGUCCUUAUCAAGAUUCGUCUCCUUCAGAUCAUGCGUCGACUAAGCGAGCGAUAUGGAGGCGUAUCGGAAGAUCACUAUAUCAAAGCCUCCAUAGAUCUGGCACACGAAUAUGUGAAACUCGGUAAAACCGCGAAGGCAGGCGUGAUCUAUAGCAAUGCCCUUAGUUCUGUUAGAAGACAGAGCACAUCUGAUGAAGUCCGUAUACUAUUUUUCUUACGCUUUUCCGAGUCAUUGGCUGUUACUGGCAACGUGGUGCAAAGUAUUUACUGCGAGGCUCUCGCGCAAGCUGAUGGCCUUGAAGGCGAAGAUAAGGGUAUAUCCACUGUGCAACGAAUUCGGACCAGAGUCGGCCUCCUCGAGCGAUCUGCGAUGGCCGCAAGUGCAUUUGCUAGCCUUCAGUUGACUAGAGACGAUCCUGCGGAAUGCCUCAUCGGGUUGCUGCAAUCCCUUCGUCUCUGGAAUCGUGCAUUGAGUACACUUACCCGCCUUAACCGCCCCGCGGUUGGAGCUAAGAAUGCUGUCGAUACCUCAAACCCGUUUGAUCUUGGUGACAUGAAAAAGGCUAUUUCCAAAAUUGAAGAAGUCAAUUCACCGAUAGCCGAAGAACCAAAACCACAGGUCGUUCCACCAAGGCCUUUCAUGGACGGUCUAGAAUGGCGCAUUGCAGAAGGCCUGAUUCUAACGCUGCUGGCGCUUACCCAGGCUUAUUUUUCACGUGGAUCCGCGCGAGAAGCUGAGUAUUUCUCUCAGCAAGCGCAAGAUCUGGCCUAUUCUUUAAAUGCCCCUGCUAUGGUUAGUCGUGCCUUGGCGAAGAAGGGUGAAAUCCAACUUUACUUGGGGCACCUC